AAUUGAAAUAAGGAAAAAAAACCUUCCCGGGAGGUUCACCAAUCAGAUGACGGCUUUCUCCGUCUGCCCCGGAUGAAGCAGGCUCGUCAUUUCCGGUUUACUGUGACAACAUGGCGAUGCUUGGCAGGGUCGUGGGCAGGCUUCGGUUCGGAGUCCGAACCCGACCUUCCGGCUCCUUCCAGGCCUUUCUUUGCUCCGGAAGCCCCCCCGCGGACAGAACCCGGUCCGGUUUCGCCGCCGCCUUCGACCUGCAGACGGAGCUGCGGCGGGAGGCGGAGGGCUCCGCGGCCGGGCUGCCGGGCGGCGCCUCCGCCUCCGGACAGGAGCAGAGCUUCGCCGCGCUGCUGCGCCGCUCUCCGCUGAUCCAGAUGGGACCGGCCCACGACAAGGUGGUGGUGGGGAGAGUCGUCCACGUCGUUCAGGACGACCUGUACGUGGAUUUUGGGGGGAAGUUCCCGUGCGUGUGCCGGCGGCCCGCGGACGGGGGGGAACAGCUGCAGCGGGGCUCCAGGGUCCGCCUGCGCCUGCUCGAACCGGAACUCACUGCGCGCUUCCUGGGAGCCAGAACCGACACCACGCUGCUGGAGGCGCAGGCUGUGCUGCUGGGCCCGCUGGACGGCCGGGACCCGCACAGCCGGGAGUAGAACUGGACUCGGACCUCCGGACCACAAACUGGAAUUGGCCGCAUGGAUACUGAGCAUGCGCAGAAAGACUCAGGAUUGCACAGAUUUUUUUAUUUGCUCUUUAUUAAGUUCAGAAGCAGAGCGGGGGGGGGGGGGGGGUGUCUGUUUUGAUCCUGACUCGUUAGACACGCCCCUUCCGUCCCUGACAGCUGAUCACGUGAUUCGAUGUCUGUGACGGUUAUUCAUCAGAAUUCUGCAGGAAAAACAAUAAAAUUGUUUCGACUGAA